UAAAAAUACUGCUAUUAUUGCCUUUCGGAUCCGAUAGAGUUGAAGGGCACAUUGAACCGUGUGAUUGAUCAGGUUUCCGCUGCGAGCAUGUCCUUGUUCAGGUUGAAUGUGAAGAGGCGUGGAAAUGGCCCGUUCCGGCAACUGGACUUUGAUUCGGAACUGGGGUCUCCUGAUAUAUGGCCUGAAAAGAAGAUGGCUUACUUGAGUGUUCUCCCCGGAGCCUAUAUAUACUGCAGUCAGCCCCUACGAUACGUACCCAAAAUUUCAUAAGCUAUUCUCCCAACCAAUCUUCCCCCGCCUGUGACAAUUGGAUUUGACCUUUUACUAUGCGUCCCUUUUUCUGGCUUGCUGCCUUUGGGGUAGUAGUGUCAGCAUUACCUGGCCAGUCCAUUGCAGACCAAGCCAGAAGUAUCAUUGUGAAGAAGGCAGACGAGCAUGUCCAAUUCGUCGAUGCGACUGGAGGUGCCGAAACGCAGAUCACGCGGCCCCCUUCAAAAGACGAUGAGUAUAUUGUUCUCGAUGGUAAUGGAGGGGUGGACGCAUGUCCUGUCGGAUUGAUUGGCAAGCGUCAGACGACCCCAAAACCAGCUCAGACUCCGGAGAAUAUCGAAAGGACAUUGAAGGAGCUGCAACGCCGCUGGCUUAGACAGGAGCUCGUGGGCCGUGCCAGAUAUCCUCACGUGUUUAAUAAUUAUGAAAGACUCCCGUUCCCGGGAUUUGAAGAUACGCAACUAUACGAAUUUCCUCUCCUGCCCUCCACCGAGCCGAUCUAUAGUGGGGGCAGUCCCGGCGCUGUCCGAAUCGUAGGUGCAAUCUCCAGCAAUGGUCAGGUUGAGUUGGCCGGGUUCAUCCGACACCCACCAGGAAACCGUGGAGGGUUUGAGUUGUGCCCCGAGUCUGCUGCAGUAGCCUCUACCACCACUAUCUCUCCUGAUGUUGACGACAGUGUGUGUGAGGGGGUUCCCCACACGCAUGAUGAGAACCGAAGGGCUAUACAGCUUGACUCUGGACUGGUCCGGCGAGAUCCAUCAGAUGCGCUCCGCAGACUCUGUCAGUCGAAGCAACGGAUUGGAGCAGGCGUUCAGACUGGAACUGAUGGAGAAGUAUGGUUUUUCCGGGGCGACGAAUACAUCCGCUACUCAACCAAUGACGAAAGCAUUCAUUUCCGAAAGAAGAUCUCGGACGGAUGGCCAGGACUUCGCAAUACCCCAUUCAGUGAAGACAUCGACGCCGCGGUCAAGACUGAGACCUCAGAUGAAUAUUGGCUCUUCAAAGGAGACGAAUAUGUUCGCUACUCUACAAAUGGCGAAAAGAUCCAUUUCCGAAAGAAGAUUGUUGAAGGCUGGCCGGGGCUGAAAAACACGCCAUUCACCCAAGGUAUCGAUGCGGUGAUCAGAAGCGAGACGAGUGGAGAGAUAUGGUUUUUCAAAGGUGAUGAGUAUGUCCGCUACUCAACCGACGACGAAACGAUUCAUUUCCGAAAGAAGAUUAUCGACGGAUGGCCAGGAUUGAAGGACACCCCGUUUGUCCGUGAUAUUGAUGCCGCAGUCAAGACUGGCACCAGUGAAGAAUAUUGGUUCUUCAAGGGUAAUGAGUACGUUCGUUAUUCGACAGAAGAUGAGCGCAUUCAUUUUCGAAAGACAAUCGCUUCAGGGUGGCCAGGGUUGAAGAACACGCCCUUCAGUCGACGACACAAGCGUACGGGGGCAUGAAUGGGGUUAUGGAGGGCCUGCCAAUUGAACUCAUCCUAGGACUUUUUCCAGUGGGGCGUAAUAUGUUUCAUCUUGUGUCUGAGAU